GGAUAUUUGCCGCUAACUCGCGACAGGAAAGACGCAGCGCUGGCGAAGAAGAGGGCGGACUACCAAGAACUGGUCCAGCACUACUACAGCAGAGGAGAAGCUUCAGCAGAAGAAGUGAAGCUGCUGAAGCAGCUUCGCGUGGACUUGCCGCGGACUCACGCGGGCAGGAAGUUCUUUGCCCACCCCCGCAUUCAGCUGGGUAUGGAGCGCGCAUUAUUUCUGUGGGCUGUCAAACACCCGGCCAGCGGCUAUGUGCAGGGCAUUAAUGAUUUACUGACUCCCUUCGUCGCAGUGUUCCUACACGCAGCGCUCGGGAGAGAUCCCGAGGAGCUUUCUAUUGACGAGGUAGACGAGGAAGUGCUGCUGCAGGUUGAGGCGGACAGCUUUUGGUGUCUCGCGAAGCUGCUGGCCCAUAUUCAGGGCUGCUCCCUCCGCGCGUAG